GUGACGUCGGGCCCCAGCGCCCGGGCCAUGGCGGCGGCGGGAGCGGCUGCUGUGUGAGCCGCGGCCGCCGAGCGAGCGAGCGAGGGAGCGAGCGGCCGGGCCCCAACGCGGGUCCGAGAGCGGCGCCGCGGCGGCGGGAGCGCGGGCGGCCGGAGCCGGUCUACCUCUCUCCGCCGCCGCCGCCCCGAGCCCCGGUGGGGGUCUGGGCCCCGUCACCAUGACGACGCCGGCGAAUGCCCAGAAUGCCAGCAAAACGUGGGAACUGAGUCUGUACGAGCUGCACCGGACCCCGCAGGAAGCCAUCAUGGAUGGCACAGAGAUUGCAGUUUCCCCACGGUCACUGCAUUCAGAGCUCAUGUGUCCCAUCUGCCUGGACAUGCUGAAGAAUACGAUGACCACCAAGGAGUGCCUGCACCGCUUCUGCUCCGACUGCAUCGUCACAGCCCUGCGCAGCGGGAAUAAGGAGUGCCCUACCUGCCGCAAGAAGCUGGUUUCCAAACGCUCUCUGCGGCCAGACCCCAAUUUCGACGCGCUGAUCUCUAAGAUCUACCCUAGCCGGGAGGAGUACGAGGCCCACCAAGACCGGGUGCUCAUCCGCCUCAGCCGCCUGCACAACCAGCAGGCUCUGAGCUCCAGCAUCGAGGAGGGGCUGCGCAUGCAGGCCUUGCACAGGGCCCAGCGCGUGAGGCGGCCGAUGCCCGGCUCAGAUCAGACCACCACGAUGAGUGGGGGGGAAGGAGAGCCUGGGGAGGGAGAAGGGGAUGGAGAGGACGUGAGCUCAGAUUCUGCCCCCGACUCUGCCCCCGGCCCUGCUCCCAAGCGGCCCCGUCCCGGGGGUGCAGGGGGGAGCAGUGUAGGAACAGGGGGAGGUGGCGCUGGUGGGGUGGGUGGGGGUGCUGGUUCUGAAGACUCUGGUGACCGGGGAGGGACCCUGGGUGGAGGAACCCUGGGCCCCCCAAGCCCUCCUGGGGCCCCCAGUCCUCCGGAGCCAGGUGGAGAAAUUGAGCUCGUGUUCCGGCCUCACCCCCUGCUCGUGGAGAAGGGAGAAUACUGCCAGACUAGGUAUGUGAAGACCACCGGGAAUGCCACCGUGGACCAUCUCUCCAAGUACUUGGCCCUGCGCAUCGCCCUUGAGCGGAGGCAGCAGCAAGAGGCAGGGGAGCCAGGAGGGCCUGGAGGGGGAGCCUCGGAUGCUGGGGGCCCUGAGGCGGGGGGUGGGGAGGGCGGAGGCCCCGGAAGUGAUGGCCCUGAAGAGCCUGCCCUGCCCAGUCUGGAGGGGGUCAGCGAAAAGCAGUACACCAUCUACAUCGCCCCUGGGGGCGGAGCUUUUACGACACUGAAUGGCUCGCUGACCCUGGAGCUGGUGAAUGAGAAGUUCUGGAAGGUGUCGCGGCCACUGGAACUCUGCUAUGCCCCCACCAAGGAUCCAAAGUGACCCAACUGGGGACAGCCAGAGGAUGGGGACCAUGGGCUGUCCCUGUGUCCUGUCCUGAUCUAGCUUCUUUGCCCCCAUUACCCCCCCCAACUCUGCCAGCCAGCAAGAGAACACAAAUGAGGACACGUGGCUUUUAUACAAAAUAUCUAUAUCAGAUUCUUCUAUAUUGUACAGUGUGACCCCCCACCCCCAUCUACUGUCUUUUCUAUGUCCCUCUCCAGCUGUAUGAGCUGUUGGGAAGGUUGAAGAACCCCUCCCGCUGUUCCCUCUUACCAACAACAACAAAUUUACUUUGUUUUUCUUCUUUGA